AUGAGCUCGCAGCGCUAUCAGCCUGUAGCAGCAGCAGACGACGACGACGACCAUGUAUCAGGACCCUCACCGGUCGCAGCUCCGGACUCGCCGCCACCCUCAUUCCGCUCCCAGCAAUCGUCGCGGCGGCCAUCCCGCGAACACCAACACCAGACCUCCGACGAGCGCGACCUCGACGAUGCCUUUGAUGCACCUUCCGACGAUGAGGACGAUGAUGAUACACGCGACAGGAGGCGUUUAAUGGGUGGCAGUGACGCCACAUCACCCGCAGGAUCACAGGGCAGCAAUCAGCUACGGCCAGGCGCACCGGCACGCGCACUCACCCCGAUACCCACUUUCACACCAGGAGCACCUAGCGGAAGAGUCAUCGGAAACAGCUCGGAUGGCGUCUUCGCAAACAUAGCCGCAAAGCCUAGAGCUGGAGACGACGUAGAUGAGAAGCCUCCGACAUACGAACAGGCCGCAGCCGAUGCGACGCCACCAUACUGGGAGACGACAGUACUGUCACCAUACGCCACGACCGGCAACCCAGAUGAUGUCUUUAUCGACGGUCUUCUGGUCGGCUCGCUGUUCUCCUUCAUCUGGAAUGCACUGAUAUCCAUGUCCUUCCAGCUUAUCGGUUUCUUGCUCACCUACCUUCUGCAUACUACACACGCGGCGAAACACGGUUCAAGAGCUGGUCUGGGUAUUACCCUGGUACAAUACGGCUUCCAGAUGCGAUAUGCAGCAUCUGUAGGACAUCCUUCUGACGACCCGACAAAUGGCGCUCCCGUGGAAGCCGUACCCGAUGACCCGAACUCGCACGACUUCGACCCGAGCAAAGUGGCAGGAGCAGACGGAGCGGCAGCCGCGGCAGCAAGUCUGUCAACCACCGACUGGCUUUCAUACGCAUUGAUGAUCGUGGGCUGGUUCAUCCUGAUCCGGGCAGCGACAGACUUCAUGAAGGCACGGCGGCAGGAGGCGUUGGUGCGAUCCUCGCCGGAUAGGGGUCUGGGUGUUGCCGUUGUGGCGGAGAAUGAGCGUCCCGAAACCAGCGUUUGA